AUAGGAAAAAACAAGUUUUAUGUAUUCAAGUAUCAAUUUUUCUUUUAGUGUAUUUAUUAAAUGAAUAUGUAUGCUUUAAUAUGUCUCAACUAGCACGAUAUAAAGAAUAAUUUUAAUAAUAUUUUGUUCUUAUUUCGAGUGAAAAAACGGUAAAUAAUAUUUUUUUUAUCGCACCAUCGUCGUAACUGUCGAUUGCUUUAUUUUUGCAACAUGAACCAGCAAUAUUUGCAAAAAUAAAAAACGAACGACUGCAAACUUUGGUAACGGUAUUUUUGGGCAGCGAAAUAAAACAGUAAAUGGACUGUGUUCUUUUUUCAAUAAUUGUCACUCUCGUUUGUUUGGCAUUUGAAAUCAGAUGUGUUAAUUUGUGUUAAUUUGUGCGAAAUUGUGAUUAUUUAUUUAAAAAAAGAAAUGAGUGAAUUACCAGCAACUGCGAGUACAUUACAUAUACAAACACGACAACGUUCUAAACAAGUUGUGAAUAUUGAACUAAUUGGAAGAAUUUCUCAUCAGAUAACAGGUGCUAAACUACCAUCGAACAAACAAGUACUGCAAUUACUAUUUUAUAACAUUAGAUUUGUGUAUCGGCAAUUGAGAGAAAGUGCAAAAUUAACAAUAAAUGCUGUAUUAAUAUUUUGGCAACAAGCUCGAAUUCCGACAAAAGAUGUAGCUAGGUGUGUCGAUAAAUUAGAAUCUCUGUACAAAUUAUGGCAAAAGAUUCAAAAAACCGUACCAAAUAAGAGAUCUGAUGCUCAGAAAAAAUUGUUGAAGACUUUUCUGCAGAAUUGGAUAAUUUGUUUGACAUUGCUCAUAGAGAUGCCUUACAAAACAUGCGUAUUAGCGAAGACAAGGAAUUUUUGAUUCUCCAAAGGCAAAAAGGUCGCCCUGGUAGCAUGGCCGGUGCUGACAUGGUAUUGUAUCGGCGACAAAACAGAGCAGAUCACCGCAUUGAGAAAGAAAUGUCUAGAAAAAGGAAACAUCAACAAAUGUCGGAAGUGAAUCUCGAACUCAACGACGAUUUUGGUAUGGACUAUGAAGAAGAUAUUGGUGACAGUGAGCCUGAAGUAGCGGAAACCAAUGUGAAAAAAAAUACAAAACAAACUGCUUCAACUUGUAUUAACAGGGGAAGAAAACAUUUUAUCACACCGCGAUUGCUUUCAGCACUUGAUAGCGCCAAAGUAAGCGAUGGAAAGGCGAUGCACAUUCUGAUGGCGACUGCAGAAGCAUUGGACCAAGAGCAUCGCGGAAAAGAAACACAGAGGAUUCAAGAGAGUUUUAUUGACAAACUAAGUGAUACACAAGCAAUGGUCGUCCACUGGGAUGGUAAAGUAUUGCCAGAUCUAAUUGGAAAAAUAAAAGUUGAACGAAUUGCAGUGCUUGUUAGUUAUAAUGGCGAAUCCAAAUUUCUAGGCGCUCCAAAACUUAUAUCUGCCACUGGUGAAAAUAUAGCUACAGCCGUUUUUGAUACACUUAGUAAAUGGAAUAUUUUAGAUCGCGUAGAAGGCAUGUCUUUUGACACCACGUCCACUAAUACUGGUCCAAUGAAUGGAGCAUGCGCUCAAUUGCAACGCAUGUUAGGAAGAAAUUUGUUGACGUUACCAUGCCGUCACCACAUUCUAGAAAUAUACUUGCGUAGUGUAUUCGACCUGCAUUUCAAAGUGACUCAAGCACCAGAAGUCUCAAUUUUCGAGAGAUUUGCCAAAGCCUGGCCAAAUAUUGACACUUCAUCAUUUAAGAGUGGGCUCGACUGUUAAGAUAUAAAAUCUCAUAUAAGUGAUGGCAUCUGCAAUGACAUCAAACAAUUUUGUCAUUCACAAUUACAAAAAACUUUUGUUCGUGCUGACUACGAAUUUUUACGUCUAGUACUUAUAUUUCUUGGUGACAAAGGUGGUAAAUUUAAAACACCCGGAGUUACAAGUCAUGCACGUUGGAUGACAAAGGGAAUAUAUUCCUUGAAAAUAUUUCUUUUUCGUGAUCAAUUUCACUUGAGUAAAGCUGAAUUAAAAGGCUUAAGUCAGAUUUGCGUUUUUUUAGUGCGUUUAUAUAUAAAAGCUUGGUACAAAUGCUCUAAUGCAAUUACCUCUCCCCUGCAUGAUUUAAACUUUGUAAAAGAAUGUAUUAAUUAUGAAAAAGUGAACCCAAGUAUUUCUUCGGAAUUGCUGAGAAAAAUGCAACAACACAUGUGGUAUUUGUCAGAGGAAAACGUCGCAAUGGCUUUCUUUGAUUUCAAUGUUUCUGUAGAUGUUAAGAAAAAAAUGGUAAAGAAUUUAAAAUCAGAAGAGCUAACUAUUAAACUACAAAACAAUCGCAAAAUAAAAAAAUUAAGUGACUUAGGCAAUUCGGAUUUAAGCGGAUUUGUAUCGAAAAGAACUUUAACAUUUUUUAUGAAGUACAUGUUGUCAACCAACUUUUUGUAUUUGGAUCCAGAGUCUUGGGAAACAAACGAGGAAUUCCAAAUGGUCGCACAAUAUGCCACAAAUUGCUUGUUACUAAUGAUACAGCGGAAAGAGGUAUUAAAUUUAUAAAGGAUUUCAAUACUUUUCUUACAAAUAAAGAAGAAGAAAAACAGUUCCUCCUUAAAGUUGUUGAAGAAUACAAAAAAAAAUAUAAGUCCUAUAAAAAAUCAGAAUUAAUUUAAGUUUUAAUAUUUCGAGAUGUAUUAAAUAAAUUGAUAUGAAUAAAAAUAUUUCCUUUAAAUAGUAGUUUUAAGUUAAUAUAAUGCAAAAAAUUGGAGAAAAAUAAUACACUAAAAGA